CCUGAGAUUGCAGAAACACAUCAGGAAGUCAUGUUCUGAUGCUUUCCCUUUUGCUUUCACCGAGCCAGGCUGGCAUUCAGCUCCUGCCAUGAAGCUUCUGAACGUGGCUGGAGUCUUCGCUCUGGUGCCCACUUUGGUGUCAGCUCUGGAGCCCAUCACCACCUCACUUGCUUUCUGCGGGGCAGCUGUCAUGUGGCAGCUCUUCUCCCCUGCCUCCUGGCUCAAGUGCCGCUUCCUGGAGUGCUGCAAUAUGAAGGACACCCUGGACAUCCCAGCCCUGCAGAUGGCUUUGGAACAGAAAGUCUUUGGGCAGCACCUCGCCACCCAGGUGGUUCUGAAAGCACUGAGCGCGCACUCCAGAGAUAAACAGCCCAGGAAGCCCCUGGUGAUGUCCUUCCAUGGCUGGACCGGCACUGGCAAGACCUUUGUCAGCAAGAUCAUUGCACGGAACCUGUACCAGCGUCACGAAGCAAGGAGGAGGUUCGUCCAUCAGCAUGACGCAGUCUUGCAUUUCCCACACGCUGAACAUAUAAAGCAGUAUAAGGAGCAGCUGCAGAACUGGAUUCGAGGGAAUGUCAGCGUCUGUCCGAGGUCACUUUUCAUUUUCUCUGAAAUGGACCAGAUGCCGCCUGGUCUGAUUGACUCCAUCAUGCCGUACCUCAGUCAUCGCGAGGCUAUCAAUGGCGUCUACUACGGCAAGGCCAUCUUCCUCUUCCUGAAUAAUGCAGGAGGGGAUAAGAUAACAGAGGUGGCGCUCGAUCACUGGAGGAGGCAGAAGGGAAGAGAAGAAAUUCCCCUGACGGACCUGCAGUCUAUGCUAUCUGCCGAGAUUUUCAAUAACAGGAACAGUGGUUUUUGGAAUAGCAAGCUGAUCCAGAAGAACCUGGUGGAUUAUUUCAUUCCUUUCUUGCCCCUGGAAUAUAAACAUGUGAAAGAGUGCAUCCAAGAGGAGCUGCGCUACCAAGGCCACCAAGAAGACGAAGACCUCAUCAUAAAGAUUGCCUUAGCAAUGUCCGACUAUCCCAGUGAAGAUAGAAUCUACUCUAGCAAAGGUUGCAAAACUGUGGCCUCCAAGGUGAACCUGGAUACCUAGAAGGGCCAGGUGCUCAAGGACAAGGAGGAAAAGAAAGCAAGCCUCCUUCUCCUUCUCCCACCAGUGUCUUCUCAGACUGUAAGCUUGUUGGGGCAGGGAACUUCCCUUUAAUAUAUCUAAAGCCUGUGGCGAGAGAUGAUAACGUCCUCAUCUCAGCAUAACACAGUACAUCCUUUCCCUACCUUCAAAAUAUGCUGCUGUAAGUAAAAUAAAAUGAAUAUGGUACCUAUUUAUUCUUAAUGAUCUCUCUGGAAUCUUGACAAACCGCCCCUACUGAGACCAGAAGGCGGCAGUACAGAGUAGGCAGGGCAGAUACGCCGGCCUUGUUUUUCCAGGGAUAUGAACAAAGGAAAAACAAAAGCAACAGAAGAAAAGGGACCCAAUAAACAGAACUACUGACUGAGGUUUGCUUGCCCACUUAAUUCCUCACCAGUCUCUAUUAAUGAUGAAGGUGCGAGAUUUUGAAUGUAACAGCAAAUCUAGAAAACUCUGGUUAUGGAGAGAGGUUGGCUAGAGAAUAGGCCAGAGGUGCUAUGGUUUAGAAUGAUGCUCUAAAAAGCUUGGAGCCCAAAUAAGCCCCCCAC